UGUUUAUUUUUUGUCACACCAUUCAGCAUAAACCUCCUCUCUCUCUAUCUCUCUCUAUGUUCUCUGUUGGGAUCUUUUGCAGCUCUGAAAAAGACUCAUAAAGACUGUACCUUUUUAUCUCCAAACUCAGCUCCCGCCAUUAUCUGAAGUAGAACAAGCCAAGAAGAAGAAGAAGAAGAAAUUGUCUCUGUAAAUCGAGCAAAGACAUGUCAAAUAGCCUGCAAGAUUGGCUCACGAGUUUUUAUGUUGUGUUUGCCUUCUGCGCCGCGCUCUGUCUGGGCGCUCUCAAAAGUUUGCUGGUGGGUCCGAUUGCUGGGCUCAUAUUGAUCAUAGGGAAUGUUGGGGUAAUUCUUGGCCUCUUCCCCGCACACGUUCUAUGGACCGUUUACGCCCUUGUCAAGACUAAUAGGUUCGAUGUGCCACUGAAAGUUGCGUUCUUGUUUGCCUUGCCGGUUUUAUUUGGUAUAUGGCUGGGAUUGAGCAUAGCGGGCAGUGUUCUUGUGGGAGUUGGCUAUGGAUUCUUCACGCCAUGGGUUUCGGCUUUUGAAGCUUUUCGACACGACAAUGAUUCCAAGAGAUUCUUCCAUUGCAUUGUGGACGGCACAUGGGGGACGAUCCGAGGUAGCUGCACCGUGGUCCGAGAUUUUGCUGACAUAUGUUACCAUUCAUAUCCUCUCUACCUCAAAGAGCUCCGCGAAUCGCCUGCCUCACUUGAACUUCAACCUUUCAAAUUUAUCCAUGUACCAGGAUGCAUCAUUGUUGGGCUGUUAGGGCUAGUUGUGGAGAUUCCUCUUUACACAGCAAUAGCCAUAGUGAAGAGCCCAUUCAUGCUGUUCAAGGGAUGGUACAGAUUAACACAUGAUCUGAUCAGCAGAGAGGGUCCUUUCUUAGAAACAGCAUGCAUUCCCAUUGCUGGUUUGACAAUCUUGAUGUGGCCACUUGUUGUUAUUGGCAGCAUCAUAAUGGCCAUUUUCUCGAGUUUCUUCAUCGGGGUAUAUGGAGCUGUUGUUGUGUACCAGGAAAGGUCUUUCAGGAGAGGUGUUGCCUAUGUGAUUGCAAUGGUGGCAGAAUUUGAUGAGUACACUAAUGAUUGGUUGUAUCUCAGAGAGGGAUCUGUGCUCCCAAAGCCUAAGUACAGAAAAAAGAAGGUUUCUGAGCAGACAGAGUUCUCUGUGAGAAGAAAUCGUUCGAUUCAAGGUAAACUAAACGCGGUUUUCAGUGAAGCACCUGCAAUGCUUGUUCCAAGUUUGACAGCUUCAAGAUCAGUUAGGGAAGCCAUUCAAGAAGUGAAAAUGGUUCAGGUAUGGCAGAACAUGAUAAAGACAUGCGAGAUACGAGGCAAAGAAUUGCUGGAUUCAAACGUGAUAACCGCAGCAGAUCUUGAGGUUUGGGUGAAGGCAAAACAUGUAAGUGAUGCCGCCAUUGUCAAUGUGGGCUUGCCUUGUUACACAUUCUUGCAGACCAUACUAUUCUCCAUCAAAGCCGGAUCAGAUGGUUUGCUGCUUCUCGACAAUCUGGAGAUCACUUAUCUCAACAGACCCCAAGACAGGCUGCUAGACUGGUUCUUCGAACCAGUCAUGAACCUCAAAGAACAGAUCAAAGUCAUACGUUUGGAAGAAGGGGAGAUAAGGUUCCUGGAAAAAGUUGUUCUUUUUGGAAGCAACACAGACCGUUUUAAGGCCUGGGAAAAUGGUAGCUUGGCUCCACAAGAAACGCUCAGAGCUGCCCAAAUUGAAGGCAUCAGUCGAAGAAUGGUGGGGAUGAUAAGAAGUGUGUCGAAGUUUCCGACUUACAGACGAAAGUUCAAACAAAUCGUGAAAGGGCUGAUUCUGCAUAACAUUGCAGCAGAGAGUUCAUCAAGAUCCAUUCCAUAUUCUGUGCCAAAAGCAGGGUCCACGAGAUCGGUGUCGUCGACAAGAUCAACUGGGUCUAUUAUUGAGAUUGUAUAAACAGAAAAUUUUCAAGCUUUUUCUUGCUUCGCAUUGUAAUUGAAAUGGUUUGACGAUUGAUUUUCUGUAUACAUAAGUUUAACGUAUGAUAUCUGGAAAAUUAAUG